AUGACGAAAAUUAAUGGCGGUUGGUCAAACUGGGGUCCAUGGUCCGGAUGUGACUGUGGACUCGGUAGCACUAACAGAACCCGGAACCGAACCUGCACCAACCCUGCACCAUCUGACGGUGGGGCGGACUGUGCUGGGCAGGCUCAGCAGACAGAACAAUGCAACACGGGGGUGCCAUGUCCUGUCAAUGGCGGUUGGUCAAACUGGGGCCCGUGGUCCGGAUGUGACUGUGGACUUGGUACCCAAACUCGGAACCGAACCUGCACCAACCCUGCACCGGCUGACGGUGGGGCGGACUGUGCUGGACCGGCACAGGAGACACAACCAUGCAAUACGGGCGUGUCCUGUCCCGUUGAUGGCGUUUGGUCGAACUGGGGCCCUUGGUCCGGCUGCAGUGUGACGUGUGGAACUGGAACGAGGUCACGGGACAGAAUCUGCACCAAUCCUGCACCAGCUAACGGCGGGGCGGACUGUGAUGGCCCAGGUCGUGAGAUACAACAAUGCAAUGCUGUACCCUGCCCCGUUAAUGGCGGUUGGUCAAACUGGGGCCCGUGGUCCGGAUGUGACUGUGGACUUGGUACCCAAACUCGGAACCGAACCUGCACCAACCCUGCACCAGCUGACGGUGGGGCGGACUGUGCUGGACAAAGUCAACAGACACAGCCAUGUAACACGGGCGUGUCCUGUCCCGUUGAUGGCGAAUGGUCAAACUGGAGCCCAUGGUCCGACUGCUGCGAGACGUGUGGGGUUGGUACUCAAAGUCGGAACCGAAGCUGCACCAAUCCUGCACCAGCUAACGGUGGGGCGGACUGUGCUGGGCCAGAUCAUGAGACACAGCAAUGUAACACGGGGACGCCCUGUCCAGUUGAUGGAGGAUGGUCAAACUGGGGUCCAUGGUCCGACUGCAGUGUGACGUGCGGAGUCGGCACCAGGACUAGGAACCGAACCUGCACCAGCCCUGAACCGAGUAACGGUGGGUUGGACUGUGCGGGACCAGAUCAUGAGACACAACCGUGCAACGUGCCGGUGCCCUGUCCAGUUGAUGGCGGUUGGUCAAGUUGGGGACCCUGGUCUGGCUGUAGUGUGACGUGUGGAACUGGUACGAGGUCUCGGGACAGAAUCUGCACCAAUCCCGCACCAUCUAACGGCGGGGCGAACUGUGUUGGAGAACCCCGGGAGAUAGAACAGUGUGACAUAGGGACGCCAUGUCAAGUUGAUGGCAGUUGGUCCAACUGGAGUCCGUGGUCCAGCUGUAGCGUGACGUGUGGGGGUGGUACUCAGACUCGGACCCGAACGUGCACCAACCCUGCACCAUCUAACGGUGGGGCGGACUGUGGGGUGAACCCAGGUCAAGAGACACAGCAAUGCAACACGGGAGUGCCAUGUGAAGUUGAUGGCAACUGGUCAAGCUGGAGCCCAUGGUCCUGCAGCGUAACGUGCGGAGUCGGAACUGAGACUCGAACCCGAACCUGCACCGAUCCUGCACCAUCUAACGGUGGGGCGAACUGUGCUGGACAAGAGCAAGAGACGCAGCCAUGCAACACGGGGGUUGCCUGUCCAGUUGAUGGCAACUGGUCAAGCUGGAGCCCAUGGUCCUGCAGCGUGACGUGUGGAGUUGGUACUGAGACUCGAACCCGAACCUGCACCGAUCCUGCACCAUCUAACGGUGGGGCGAACUGUGCUGGACAGCCGCAAGAGACGCAGCCAUGCAACACGGGGAUUACCUGUCCAGUUGAUGGCAACUGGUCAAGCUGGAGCCCAUGGUCCUGCAGCGUGACGUGUGGAGUUGGUACUGAGACUCGAACCCGAACCUGCACCGAUCCUGCACCAUCUAACGGUGGGGCGGACUGUGCUGGACAGCCACAAGAGACACGGCCAUGCAACACUGGGGUUACUUGUCCAGUUGAUGGUAACUGGUCAAACUGGAGCCCAUGGUCCUGCAGCGUGACGUGUGGAGUCGGAACUGAGACUCGAACCCGAACCUGCACCGAUCCUGCACCAGCUAACGGUGGUGCGAACUGUGCUGGACAGGCACAAGAGACACGACAAUGCAACACUGGGAUUACCUGUCCAGUUGAUGGCAACUGGUCAAGCUGGAGCCCAUGGUCCUGCAGCGUGACGUGUGGAGUUGGUACUGAGACUCGAACCCGAACCUGCACCAAUCCUGCACCAGCUAACGGUGGGGCGAACUGUGCUGGACAGCCGCAAGAUACACGGCCAUGCGACACUGGAGUGUCCUGUGAAGUUGAUGGCGGUUGGUCAAACUGGGGGCCGUGGUCUGGCUGUAGCGUGACGUGUGGAGCUGGCACGAGGUCUCGUGACAGAGUCUGCACUAAUCCUGCACCAUCUAACGGUGGAGCGAACUGUGUUGGAGAAGCUCGGGAGAUAGAACAGUGUGACAUAGGGACGCCAUGUCAAGUUGAUGGCAACUGGUCAAGCUGGAGCCCAUGGUCCGACUGCAGCGUCACGUGUGGGGUUGGAACUGAGACUCGAACCCGAACCUGCACCAACCCUGCACCAUCUAACGGCGGGGCGAACUGUGCUGGACCAGGUCAAGAGACACAGGAAUGCAACACUGGAAUGCCAUGUGAAGUUAAUGGCGGCUGGUCAAACUGGGGUCCAUGGUCCGGCUGCAGCGAAACGUGUGGACUUGGUACCAGAACUCGGAGCCGAACCUGCACCAACCCUGCACCAAAUAGCGGUGGGGCGAACUGCGCAGGACCUGCACAGCAGACAGAUCAGUGCAACACGGGGGUUACCUGUCCAGUCGUAGUUGAUGGCAACUGGUCCAACUGGAGCCCAUGGUCUGACUGCAGUGUGACGUGUGAGCUUGGUACUCAAACUCGAACCCGAACCUGCACAAAUCCUACACCAUCUAACGGUGGGGCGGACUGUGCUGGACAAGCUCAGGAGACUCAACAAUGCAAUACAGGGGUAUUGUGCCCAGUCAAUGGCGGUUGGUCAAACUGGGGCCCAUGGUCCGACUGCAGCGUGACGUGUGGACGUGGUACGAGGACUCGGGACCGAACCUGCACCAAUCCUACACCAGCUGAUGGUGGGGCGGGCUGUGUGGGCUUGGCUCAGGAGACACAACCAUGCAACGCCGGGGGUACAUGUCCAGUUGGUGGAGGCUGGUCAAACUGGGGCCCAUGGCCGGGCUGCAGCGUGACGUGCGGAGUCGGUACGGGAACUCGCACCCGAACCUGCACCAACCCUGCACCAUCUAUCGGUGGGGCGGACUGUGCUGGACCAGCUCAGGAGACACUGCAAUGCAAUACAGGGGUGUCAUGCCCAGUUGAUGGUGGAUGGUCAAACUGGGGCUCGUGGUCCGGCUGUAGCGUGACUUGUGGGGUUGGUACCAGGACUAGGAGUCGACCCUGCACCAACCCUGCACCAGUCAACGGUGGGGCAAACUGCGUGGGACAAGCUCAGCAGACGGAACCGUGUAGUGCGGGGGUGACAUGUCCAGCUGUAGUUGAUGGCGGUUGGUCAAACUGGGGUCCGUGGUCUAGCUGCAGCGGAACAUGUGGACUUGGUACAAGGACUCGGGACCGAACCUGCACCAACCCUGCGCCAGAUAACGGUGGGGCGGAUUGUGUAGGUGAAAGCCAGGAGGCGCAACAAUGUAACACUGGAGUGUCCUGUCCAGGUAUAGUUGACGGUGGUUGGUCAAACUGGGGCCCAUGGCCCUGUAGCGUGACGUGUGGAGUUGGGACGGGGAAUCGUACCCGAACCUGCACCAAUCCUGCACCAUCUAACGGUGGGAGAGACUGUGUUGGGCCAGCUCAAGAGACACUACAAUGUAAUACAGGGAUACCAUGCCCAGGUGAUGGAGUUUGGUCAAACUGGGGUCCAUGGUCCGACUGCAGCGUGACGUGUGGAGUCGGUACCAGGACUCGGAACCGAACCUGUAUGGCACGAGCUCGUGUUGGUGAGGCAGACUGUGAUGGUCCAGCUCAGGAGACUCAACAAUGCACCGCGGAGUUGUCGUCCUGCCCUUUUGAUGGCAACUGGUCAAGCUGGAGCCCAUGGUCCUGCAGCGUAACGUGUGGGGGUGGUAUAGAGACUCGAACCCGAACCUGCACCGAUCCAGCACCAUCUAACGGUGGGGCGAACUGUGCUGGACAGCCGCAAGAGACACGGCAAUGCAACACUGGAGUGCCCUGUGAAGGUAAUCCUAAAUCACUGCAUUCCAAACGUUGCCGAAAGUUCUAUAUGCGUCAAAAUAAAGGACACUGAGGUUCGCUUCAAGUGGAGUAAAUCACAGUUUAUGGACAUAUGUGAACAAUUUGCGACGUCCAAUUUGGCCGAAAUGAAAAGUCUAUGCUUCAUAAGCGUAAAAUCCAAGAGUGAAAUGACCCUUAUAGGGGUAGGAUUUUAACCAAACGCUCUGCCGCUAGAAGACCCAUCCGUACGGUUGCGAUGACAACAUGAAACGUGUCCUUUCGCUCGUUGACACUGCCACAAACUUAAUAUUGAAACAGAAAGGCAUAUCCGCACCCCUCUGGAACAAAGGCUAUGCAAAUAUUGUAAUUUAGAUAGAAUAGAGGACGAAUGCCAUUUUGUAGUAGAGUGUAGAUUGUAUUCUGUAGA